AUAUGCCCUCAAAACCAGGAUCUCCCAUUUCUCCUUUUUAUUAUUCUUACAAACUCUCUCAUCAUCUCCUUAAUCCUUUCACAUUUCACUAACCUUUCCUCUAAUCUCCUUUUGGUCGACAAAAUGGCGAACGCAUCGUCGGGAAUGGCUGUUCAUGAUGAGUGCAAGCUAAAGUUCUUGGAGCUAAAAGCAAAAAGAAUCUAUAGGUUUAUUGUGUUCAAGAUUGAAGAGAAGAUACAACAAGUGACAGUUGAAACGGUUGGGCAACCUCAACAGACUUACGACGAUUUUACGGCUAGUUUACCGGCUAAUGAAUGUCGAUAUGCUGUCUAUGAUCUCGAUUUCACUACCAACGAGAAUGUUCAGAAAAGCAAAAUUUUCUUUGUUGCAUGGUCUCCUGAUACAUCAAAAGUAAGAAGUAAAAUGUUGUAUGCAAGUUCAAAGGAUCGAUUCAGGAGAGAGCUUGAUGGCGUUCAAGUCGAAUUGCAGGCUACAGACCCGAGCGAGAUGAGUUUUGACAUUGUUAAAUCUCGAGCUAUCUAAUUUAUGGAAUGCGACGCGAGAUGAUCAACAACAGGAACAUGCAUUUUAUUUAAUAUGCUUAAUUAGCUGUCCAUGAUUUUUCUUCAAUUUUCACACUUCAAGCCUGUGGUAAGAUUAGGGCUUUGCUUUGCUAAAUUACUUCAUGAAAGAUUACAAUGUUGGAUAGAAAUUUAUUUUCAAAUCCCAUUGCCAUUGUGAAUGAUUCUUUACACCUUGGUUUUUAGUUGGGAUGUAGAUUUGAUUGUAACGUUCUUUUUAAAGACAUACAAUAUAAUAUUUUUAUUGAGUUUUUGUAAUUUUAGCAAGGAAUUACCAUCA